UCUUUAUUUUUUUUGCUUGCAAUGGACUCCAUGGCUGUGUUUUGAUGCAGAGCACCACUUUGGAAACUUGAAAUGCCUGGAGGCCAGUACCAGGUCACAAGCACCAGGCUCCACCACAGCCUUUACAGCUUGACGGACAGCUCUGAAGCCGGCCCCGAGGAUGAUGAGGCCGAGACCGCGCUGCGCCUCACCCCCCUGCAGAAGCUCACAACUGACAUGUGCAAGGACGAGAAGACCAUCAAGGAGCUGAUCAUAGGUCGCAGGGUGGGCUUCUACAAGGUCCGUGGGGAGAUCGGUUAUGGGACCUUCUCCAGGGUCAAACUGGCUUUCCACGCUCUGACUAAAGACAAAGUGGCCCUGAAGAUCCUGGAUAAGAUGAGGCUGGACAUCCAGGCCCAGCGUCUGCUCUCCAGGGAGAUCAGCAGCAUGGAGACCCUGCAGCACCCCAACGUGGUGCGUCUGUACGAGGUGGUGGAGACCCCGAGCCGCCUUUACCUGGUGCUGGAGUACGCAGGCGGAGGAGACCUGCACAACAGGAUCUGCAACGAGGGAAAGUUUUCUGACAACAACAGCAAGAUCACCUUCGCUCAGAUCCUCUCUGCCAUCAAAUACAUGCACAACAUCAACAUCAUCCACCGGGACCUGAAGGCGGAGAACGUUCUGUUCACCAGCGCUGGCUGUGUGAAGGUGGCUGACUUUGGCUUCAGCACGCAGGUCUCAAACCGCAACAACGCCCUCGACACCUUCUGCGGCUCUCCACCCUACGCGGCCCCGGAGCUCUUCAGGGACGAGUGCUACCUGGGGCCGCCGGUGGACGUGUGGGCCAUGGGCGUCCUGCUUUUCUUCAUGGUGACCGGCACCAUGCCGUUCCGCGCUGACACCAUGGGCAAGCUGCGGCGCUGCAUCAUCGAAGGCGCCUACACCGUCCCCCCCUGGGUGCCCGGGCCCUGCCAGAAGCUCAUCAAGGGCAUUUUGAAGACAGUCGCGGCCGAGCGCUACGCUGUCGACCAGAUGAUGGGCUGCGAUUGGCUCUUACCUGUGGAGUUUCCCUGGUCGUUGCUGCCUCCCGAACCAGUGAGCCCUCUGCAGAGCCUGCUGGACUCGGAGUACGGGGACCUGGAAGAGAUGGUGGAGGAGGUCAGGGGCUCGCUGGAGGAGCUCGGCUUUACAACGGAGCACCUACGAAACAAUCAGCCCAAAGACAGCCGCAACCCCUUCACCGGGGUUUAUCGAAUCCUGCUGCACCAAGCCCAGAAGAGAAGGGGCUGCGACUGCCUCCCUGUGGUCCGAGGCAUGGUGAGGGAUCCCAAGAGAGAGGGGCUCCGGGCCUACAGGGGCCUCCGACACACCUCCAAGUUCUGUGUGCUUUCAUAAGAGAGAAGCUUCAGCACAGUUUUUAUACAGACUUUUAUACCAACAGAACCAGUAGCAUUAGUGAUUUUUUUUUUAUUUUACUUUGUGUAGUUUUUACAGACAAAUAUUUUUGAUAAAUGUAUUUUACUCCUUCCAAUGCAGCAUUUUGUCAUAGCCUAACCUGUGAGUGAAAGUGCCUAAUGAAAUGAAACAACAGUGAUAGUUGUUGCUCCUUGCAGGAACAGUGAAUUUAGAUUCAUCCUGUAAAACUUGUAUUAAAUACAGCAGCAAGGCAAUAUACAGUAUCUAUAGCGAUGAAUCUGUUGAUCAUGAUUGUCUGGUUAAUUGAUUAAUCAUUUGAUCCAGUGAUUACUUGAAGUGAAGCAGUGCUGCUCAGUGUAGUUUAUGGCCUUAGUGUCUGAGUGUGGACAUGAGUUGUCAGCAGUCCAACUGAAGACUCAGGUCUGAAGAUGUAAAUAAGUUUAUUUCUUAUCUUUUUAAUCUUCCUGGGUUCCAGUGGGGGUCCCAUCCCUUAUUUUGAGAACUUUAUUCUGUAAAAUGUUGGAAAAUAAAAUAAUGAGAAUUGCCCUUAACAGGUUUUCCCUGAUGCAUUAAGUCUUGUCAUGUAAAAUAUGAUAUUUGUGCACAUGAUUUUGGCCUUUCCUUUUGAGCGCACAGAGGACUUUCAGGAAAUAUUCAAAUAACAAAUGUUAAAGUUUCUUCAA